CUGUAUAUUUUCUGCAAUUUUCAGACAUUCAAGAAACCAAACAUGUCUUUCUUCCAACACAACAUGCUCACAAGCUUAACCUCAAACUUCGACGAACGACAAUGGGUUAAACAGAUUCGUCAAACCCUAGAUGAAGAGCUGGACGAAGAGACUGAAACCCCAGUGACAAUCUUCGCUGUUCCCAAAACCCUAUUCAUCAGUUGUCCUGAUUAUUACAUCCCACAGCAAGUUGCCAUUGGCCCGUAUCACCAUUUGCGGGCCGAGCUCUACGACAUGGAGAGGUACAAAGUUGCUGCUGCUAAAAGAAAUCAGAGAGAGCUCAACAACCUCAAGCUCCAAGGUAUCGUUGAUCAUCUCAUCAAAUUCGAGUUCAGGAUUCGGGCCUGCUAUCACAGGCCCGUAAGUCUUGGCGGGGAAGCUCUGGCCUGGCUGUUGGCCGUCGAUGUCUCGUUCUUGCUCGAGUUUUUUGAGGUUUGUGGUGUCAAGAAAGGUAGGAUGCUGACUAAACUCCCGUCAAGAUUAGCACAUUUGGUGGAUUUAUCGGGCAACAAGGUCGCCCACGAUGCGAUUCUUAAAGAUAUUGUGAUGCUCGAGAAUCAGGUCCCGUUGUUUGUGUUGAGAAUGGUGUUGGAAUGUCAGUUUUCGUCCCUGGAUUUGGCGGAUGAAGUCCUGCUUGACAUGCUGAUGGAGCUCAGUGGAGAGGUGUCCCCAUUCGAGAUGGCCAAGGCCGGCUGUAGGAAGAUUGAAGUGAAAGAGUGCGCUCAUUUGCUAGACUUCUUGUACCGUUUCAUCGUGCCGGCGGAACCAGAUGUUGCGUCUGAAACAAUUGAAAUUCAUGACGAAGAAGAUGGAGAAACGGAAGGUCUCGAGAACAAGAACUCGUUAGCGGAGCCUAGUCACCUGAGGCUGUUUCUUGCCGAGGUAUGGGGAAUCCUUUCCAAACUAAAAGCAGGGCCUGUGGGAUGGAUCAAGACCUUGGUUUGCUCUAAACCUAUCAGAGUGUUUGUGAAAUUGCCUUGGACGAUUCUUUCGAAAAUCCCAGUGAUCAAAUUGCUGAAAGAACCUGUUGAACACAUUUUCAACGCCUACCAGAAGGAAAACAAGGAGAAGACAGACGAUCAAGAAUCAAGCUCGAGUAUUAGCAAGAAGAACAGGCUCCCGUUGCUGGAUGAGAUCAAAAUCCCGUCAGUCACUCAGCUCUCUGAAGUUGGAGUGCAAUUUGUGCCCAUUCAUGAAGGGAUCACAAGCAUCAAAUUCGACGCCAAAACACUUACAUUUUACAUCCCUGUCAUAAACUUGGAUGUGUAUUCAGAGGUGGUCUUGAGAAACUUGGUGGCAUACGAGGCCUGCAGCGCUUCCGGCCCGUUGUUUCUUACCCGAUACGUAGAGUUGAUGAACGGAAUUGUCGACACGGAUUUGGACGCAAAGUUUCUUUGUGGAAGAGGGAUCAUAAUCAACCAUUUGAAGAGUGAAGGGGAGGUGGCUGAGUUGUGGAAUGGCAUGAGUCAGUCCAUUAGAUUGACGAAGGUGCCCUCCUUGGAUCAACUGAUUGGAGAUGUCAACAAGUUUUAUGACGGGAGAUGGAAGGUUAAAUAUGUGAAAUUCAUGAAGCAAUAUGUGUACGGAUCUUGGAGGAUUCUCACGUUUCUUGCUGCUAUUAUGCUCUUGCUGCUCACGAUUUUACAGGCAUUUUGCCAGGUUUACACAUGUAGUCGCAUUUUCCCCAUCAAAGGCCUUGAACCCGUCUUGAAUCGCCGGUAGAGUCUCCCGGCCGACCCCCCCGAAUGGUAUUGUUGAGGUUGUGAGCGUAUAUGUCUACUUCCAGUG